CGGGGAAUCCGCCGCUUCUAACUGCAGCCCAAGAGUCCCUGUCCAACACGGAGAGUGCCGUCUCCGCCCCUUCCCUGCUGGCUCCCUCUCCCCCUUUCUGUGCCUGGCGAGCUCCUCAUCGGCGCCCUAAGUCUGCAGAACUACACUUCCCAGGAAGCAAGUGAGCCGAGCGCCUGCGCACUUUCCCCUUCCAGCAUGGCUACGGUGCUGUCACGGGCGCUGAAGCUGCCAGGCAAAAAGAGCCCGGACCUUGGGGAGUAUGACCCCCUCACUCAGGCCGACAGUGAUGAGAGCGAAGAUGACCUCGUGCUCAACUUGCAGAAGAAUGGUGGAGUCAAAAAUGGGAAGAGUCCCCUUGGGGAAGUGCAGGACAUGGACUCAGAUGCGGAACUUGGGGUGGCAAAGCAUCAUCCCUCAGAGGGGAUGGCAGAGGAGUAUCCCCACGAGACCAUGGGCAGUCCAGAGCAGAAGACAGCUGGCUCCUUGAUGCCUUACUUGCGCACGGCCAUCUUUUUGCUCACCAUGGUUGUGUCCAUGAUCCUUGUGCUGGUGUGUGCUUUCCUCAUCCCUUGCCCUCCUAGGGACUUGCAUAAUAUCUGGACUCGUAACUUGGGUCAGGAGGCAGGCAGAGUGCUGUUUCCCCCAGAACUUUUUGAUGUCAAUGGUGAUGGGCUUCCUGACAUCCUGCUCCCCUUCACAGCUCUGAAAAAUGCUAAUGUGUCAGGUGUCUCCAAGCCGUGGGAAACCAUGAUUGCCCUUUCAGGUAUUAAUGGCAGCGACUUGUGGUCCGCUCAUCUGGAAGAGGAGAUUCAGAGUGUGCAGUGCAAGGGUCUGAACCUUGUUUCUACAGCGGAGCCUGCCUGCCUCAUUACUGGGAUCUCUAAGUUCCUUGGCCUGCUGAGUGCCUCUUCAGGAAAGCCCAUUUGGAAAUUCGACUCAUCCCACCUUCUGCCUAGUGGCACCUUGGCUGCUCCAGCUGUGACUGUGCCAGAUGUGGAUGGGGAUAGGGUCAACGAUUUGGUGAUCCUGGCCAAGACAGAGCGAGACGUAUGCUUCAUUCUGGUAUCAGGUAAAACUGGAAGCCCUGUGGGAGGGCCUGUGAAAUACACCAUCAACAGAAAAGGAAAACCCAUUGGCCCACAGGCUCACAUCACCAGCCAUGGAGCAGUCUACAUUCUGUUUGGCUUUGGUAAUGUCCAAGCAGUUGCCCUGCGGGAUAUCUUCGCUCAAGCCAGAAACCGCGACACCUUCCCACCUGUGCUGCAGCGAGAAGAGCCAGAGUGGGAGAAGCGCAGAUCAGUCAAUUUGUCAGAGCUCAUUGACAUUUACAGAGGUGGUGUUAAGUUCCUGCAGGCAGUAAAGUCUCCGGAUGGCAAUUGCAGUGACCUCCUUAUCACUACUGAGAGUGGUCUGACCUUACUGCAGGGACAGGACUUGAAGCCUCGCUGGACUCUAAAGCAACAAGACAUUGACAGCCAGCCUUCCCCUGGCUACUUCAAUGAUGAUCAAAUCCUGGACUUCAUGCUUCAGGCACAAAGUGGAAACAGCAUCAUGAAAAAGUUGCUGGUGGUGGAUGGUAAAUCGGGCCUCCCAAUCUGGAGCUAUGAGCUGCCAUGUAACUUGACAAAAUCAGAUGCACUGUCAGUGAUGACUUUGGACAGGAAAUCUGUCUUCCUCUUCUGGGCUGAGAAGCUGCCUUUCUUAAAUAGUUCGGAAUCCAACGUAAAAAGUCACCAUCUCUAUCUCCUUCACCCCACUUUCCCUACAAUCCUCUUGGACCUGAGUAAUACAACAGGCACAGUGACUGCUUCAUCUAUUGGAAUCAAUGAUCUUCAAAAAGAUGCCUUUUACAUCACCGUGACAAGCCCCGCCUCCGAACACCAACCAGGCUUUCUGUCAGUCAGCAAACUUCGCCUCAGGUGGGCCUUGAUGACUCAGAGCCGAGUGGUGCCCCUUAAGGAGAGCAAUCCUAAAAUCAACCAGGGGGAACUGAGGCGGUUUCUUUCCAGGAUCAAAUUUGUUGAUUUUUCUCCAAAGUUCUAGCCCUUUGACUCUUCAGGGUUUCUGAGUGAUCGGACAAAAAAAAUGUGGCCCUCCGUAUCAGUAGGCCAAACUGGUCAGCCAGACUGGGCGACACAUCCAGCAAGCGAAGAAUGGGGCCUGAAGACCCAGCUUCCCCUCACCCUUGCGUAGAUCAUGUAGUGCUGGAGAGACUUUGUUGAUGACCCUCAGGUAUCUUCACACGAAGGAACGCUGCUUGACCCCUCCAUCGGUAGUCCUUGCCUGCAUUAUUCCUUCUGGGUAGAUUAAACAUGUACAUUUAUGCAGAGGCACAGGUGUGUAUAUUAUAGAUGUGUAUAUAUAUAUAUAUAUUGUAUUUUAAAUUUAUGAUAUGUUUUUCAGUAAGCUCCCGUGUGUGUCUUAGAAGCAUUUCAGCGAACUCUGCUUUCGGCUAGUCUGCCCUUGCCUCAUACAUAUGUCCCCUUUUGGGUUCCUUCAGGUCUUCUACCUCCUUUGUUUUGGGGUCACUGCUGUAUCCCUUUCAGUUUUUCCUUCCCCCAUCCCCUGAUCAAGUCUGAAUUAGGUUAUACAUGGUAGUGCCGAACAAUUGCAUAUGAUCCUAAAUUUGUUUAGAGCCAGACUGGAUUGGGUCUUGUCAAAAGAAAAGACUGUGCUCCCUGCCCAAAUAUCUCACUGUUCUCAUAUAGCUGGGAUUGGCCGCCUACCAUGGUUUUGUCUAACAAAACAUCCAUCACUACGCUCUUGUUUACUGGCUAUGAAAUGACAAACGUGGGUUGGGCCAUAGCUCAGUGGCAGAGCAUCUUCUGUGCAUUCAGAAGACCCCAGGUUCAAUCCCUGGCAUUUCCAGGAAGGGCUGGGAAAGACUCCUGCCUGAAACCUUGGAGAGCUGCUGCCUGUCAGUGUAGGCAAUACUGAGUUAGGUGGAGCAAUAGUCUGACUCAUCGAAGGCAACUACCUACAUAAACAGGCCAUGCCUGAAGAACUCCUCCUUUGGUGCAAUAGGGCUGGUGUGUUUCCCCGCAAGAAGAACUCUGGCUUCACUACAGAGAUGUGUAGCUGGCGUCUGGCUCUGCCUCUGGAAAGCACGGGGGCUAAGGAUGGCUGUCAGACACUGGUGCAUUUCUUUUGUGAAAUUCAGUUACAAUGUUGGUGUUUAGAUGCUAUUAUUGGCCAGGUGACGCUGAGCAUCCCAGCCAGGCAUCUCUUAUCUAUCAGAGGGAUCUGUCCUGUUUACAUAACCUAUCAUCCAUAUGAUGAGGUUAUUAAAAUAGAUGUAGGUUGUUGUUGUUGUUGUUGUUGUUGUUGUGUUGCCUUGUCUACUGGCUCAAUCAAAAAUUAUGUCCAGUACAUCCAGACUUCUAAUUGCAGUAGAGCCUCCGGCUGUGUUUCAGAGAGCAUGGUGAUCUAGAGUAUGUGAAAUAAAACCAGCCCUGAUACUGGGGCAAUACACAGAAUCUUAGAAUCUGCUCCUUUUCGAACACCCCUUCCCAUGUAAAGUUGCCUCUCCAUUUUUAGGGUGCUUAAUUUUGAUCAGGGUUUAAUUCUGCAUCAACCGUCUGCAGCUCUUUCUCUCUCCUCUAGGAGGAAAAACAAAAUAUUUUCUGGGAUUUCCUCUCUGUUGGUUAAGGAAAUGGCACUUUUUACACUUCCGCUUUACAAAGUCAUAUCAGGGUGGGUGGGGAGGAGGUGUCUCUCUGUCAUGCUCUCUGUUUUUGCCUUAUUUCUUGCCACAGUGUUUCCACUGGAUUAGGCUUCAUAAACGCAAUGAUUUUUAACAAGUUAUAAUGCCUUUGUUAUCUUCUCUCAGCAGCAUGUAAUUUAUAAAGCAUCACAGUAACUAUUAGAAGUUAUAUGGGAUCCAGGGGAAAGUGGAUCAGUGACAAAGGUACUCAAAGGAACGGAUACUCUGUAGUACUCAUUCAAGCUGAUCUUGUGGUAGCAAGCAGGACUUGUCCCCUUAGCUAAUCAGGGUCCACCCUGGUUGCAUUUGAAAGGGAGACUUGAUAUGUGAGCACUGGAAGAUAUUCCCCUCAGGGGAUGGAGCCUAUAGACCAAUGGUCUGACUCAGUAUAUGGCAGCUUCCUAUGUUCCUAAGGAGGAAAGCUGGUCCUGUGGUAAAGUAAAUUAAAGUGUGCCAUCGAGUCGAUGUUGACUCCUGGUGACCACAGAGCCCAGCAAGCAUGAAUUGUCCCCUUUGCUAAGCAGAGUCCGCCCUAGUUUGCAUUUGGAUGGAUAACUAUGUGAACGCUGCUUGCUGUAAGACAUUCCCCACUGUAGCUCAGUGGUAGAGCAUCUGUUUGCAUCCAGAAGGUCCCCAGGUCAGUCCUUGGCAUCUCCAGAAAAAAGACCCCUCCCUAAAACCUUGGAGAGCCGCUGCCAGUUGGUGUAGACCGGGGUUCACCUGUGGUACUCCAGAUGUUGCUGAGCUACAACUCCCAUCAUCCCCAGUUAUAAUUUAUUGUGGCUGGGGAUGAUGGGAGUUGUAGUUCAACUACAUCGGGAGUACAGUACCACAGGUUGGGAACCCCUGGUGUAGACAAUACUGAGCUAGAUGGACCUACUAAAUGGUCUGACUUGGUUUAAGGCGGUUUCCUGUGGUCCUCUGAAAGUUACUCAGUGUUCUACCAUUCAAGAACAUUCUUCCACCUUCCUUAGGAUUGAAAUCAUCCACUGAUUUAUUUUAGAUCAAGGGAAUUUCAUCACUCCACUGAUUUAUUUUAGAUCAAGGGUAGAUGUUGGAAUUAGAAACAGCUUCAUCAGGGCUAGCACCAUAGUCAGGGGGAACUGGCUCUUGUUGCUUCAUGGGAGUCACACAGCCACAUUCUAUCCUUCUAAAUGCCUCUCUACCAUUAGCUUUUACCUUCAGGCCCUGAGGCAGGGAGUUGGAGCCCUCCCUGUCGACUCCUCUGAAUAGUUUGUGUAUGUUGGAUGGGGCUUUGGACGAAUAGCUCUGUAAAUACUACCAGAGCUUAUAGCACUUGUCUUCCCCCUGCCAUCUCCUUGCCUGGUUUGUAUUUAUAAAUAAGGGUAAUUGCUAAAGGGCUGAGAACUGGUUCCAAAGUGUCCUCCCAAGGUAGGAACUUCUUUUUCCAUGCUGUCCAGCCCUAGCAGGCAAUGUCUGUAAAGUACCGGAGACUGUACGUGCUCUGCGUUUCUUCCUGUAACAAAAGUGCUCCCGGACUUGGAUCCCCAGAAGUUGUUGGACUACAACUCCCAUCAUUCCCAGCCACAAAAGGCCAUUGUGGCUGGGGAUGAAGGGAAUUGUAACCCAACAACAUCUGGAGAACGCCGUUUGGGAACCCUUGCUCUAACACGUAGACUUGAUUUAUAAUAUUGUUUGGUGACACUGGGCCCUCCAUAAUGUGAAUUAGUUCUGCACAUCCCAUCUGCACUUUAAAUAGCUUGUCUGUAUGUUGUCUGAACUGUGAACCAUAAUGGAACAAAUAAAUAUCAUAUACAGCA